CAUAGACUUUGUUUAAAUUGGACUAAGCUCAAAUUCUUCCGUGGCAGUGUAGGACAAAGGCCUUCUGUUGUUUGUACCAUUAUGUUUCAUUCUAGCUAAGGAGGGAUGAAUUGCUUUGUACCCUGAGGUAGCUAAAUAGACAGAACGACGCAUCCCAGCUUCUGUGGAACGUUCUUCAGGCCAAGACAUUGACUCAACCUAUUGCAACGAGUAAGUUCAGUAUAGAACCCAGUAACCCGCACACUCACUGCACACAUUCAGAAAGGCAAGAAAUCGAAGUAAACCUCAUCCUACUACCGAUAAUGUUAUCUCGAUCCAACUCGAUCUCCUCGAUACGUUCCGUACGUUCUGUCAGAGGUGCAGGAAAGAGCAAGAUCACGACAUAUGCUUGCAAGCAUGAACUCACCGCCAGCCGCUUGAACACCGCUAUGGCAGGCUUCCCCAUAGAAGUCAAGACGAGAAAGUGUCCCGACUGCCAGACCAUGACGCCCGAUGGAGCCCUGAUCUUGCUAGAAGCCAUCCGGAAGCGCUCCUCCGCUACCCUGCAGAAAGCAGACGACGCCACCAAGCGCAAGUUGGCGGAAUGCCUGUUCGAACGACUCGCUGACCGGCGCCGCGGUUUGCUCAAGGAGGACUGGGACGAGAUCUCGCUCUCCUGGGCCACGUUCUGCUACCUUCACGUCCCCAUCGCCGAGCUCAAGAACGUGUGCGCGACAAUCAAGACGCGCUACGGUGCGGGCGUGGACAAGCAGACCCUCCAGACGCUCGGCAGGGCGGCCUGCGUCGAGGAGAACGUGUGGGAGGCUUUCGAGCCGAGGGACACGCCCAUGUUCUCCACUGCCAAUCAUGUCGUCGCGGAUCUCAGGAUACGACACGGACAGAUCGACCGCUUUGGUCAUGUGGAAGACAUAUUCUUUGCAGCGAAGGAGCUAGGUGUCCUUUGCGACACGACGGUCGUAGUGUAUAAUAAGGUCUCACAGCGUUUGAAUCGAUGGGGUGCUGCUCAUAAGUAGGCAAUAGAGGCUGCUAGAUUGUGGAUUGUGGAUUGUUAUGUCAAUACAAGUAGAGUUGAGAAGAGUCGCUCAUUUCGGCUAGCCAGUAAUUU